AUGGCGAUUGUUAAACGAGGCGGCCGUUCCAAGGUCAAGCAACAAGAGGCGCCUGCAAGAUCCGGGAUCAAGAAGGCUGAGUUUGAUUUGCACAAGAAGAAAGAGGUGGGUGUCUCGGACUUGACCCUCUUGUCGAAGAUUUCCGACGAGUCCAUCAAUGAAAACUUACACAAAAGAUUUAUGAAUGGUACCAUCUACACAUACAUUGGCCAUGUCCUUAUUUCUGUCAAUCCAUUCCAAGACCUCGGCAUAUAUACCAAGCAGACAUUGAACAUGUACAAGGGUAAGAAUAGGUUGGAGGUACCCCCGCACGUUUAUGCCAUUGCAGAAGCGAUGUACUAUAACUUGAAGUCAUAUGGCGACAGUCAAUGUGUCAUCAUUUCUGGUGAAUCCGGUGCCGGUAAAACCGAAGCUGCAAAGCAAAUCAUGCAAUACAUUGCAAACGUGUCGGUGGAUGACCAACUCAACGGCAGCUCUUCUUCGUCAGGAAUUGGUAAAAUCAAGGAUAUGGUCUUGGCGACAAACCCGUUGUUGGAAUCAUUUGGUUGUGCUAAGACAUUGAGAAACAACAACUCCUCUAGACACGGAAAGUACCUCGAAAUCUACUUCAAUCCUCAGAACUACCAACCCAUUGCUGCGCACAUCACCAACUACUUGUUGGAGAAACAAAGAGUUGUUCAGCAAAUCACCAAUGAGAGAAACUUCCAUAUUUUUUACCAAUUUACGAAGCACUGUCCUCAACAAUAUCAGCAGCUUUACGGAAUUCAAGGUCCUGAAACUUACAUUUAUACUUCGGCAGCAAGAUGUACAUCUGCAGAUGGCAUAGAUGAUGGAAAGGAUUUUUCAGAAACGUUGAAUGCAAUGAAUAUCAUCGGAUUACAGCAAGUCGAGCAAGACAACAUCUUCAGAAUGUUAGCAGCGAUCCUUUGGAUCGGUAACAUCUCAUUUGUGGAAAACGAAGAAGGAAAUGCGGCUGUGAGAGAUGAAGGUGUGACAAAUUUUGUCGCCUACCUCUUGGAAGUUGACGCAGAACUCUUGAAGAAAGCUAUUGUCGAGAGAAUUAUUGAAACCUCGCACGGUAUGAGAAGAGGUUCAACAUAUCACGUUCCUUUGAAUAUUGUCCAGGCUAUUGCGCUGAGGGAUGCUCUUGCCAAGGGAAUUUACAACAAUCUUUUUGAAUGGAUCGUGGAGAGAGUGAACAGAUCGUUGAAGGAUCCCUCUCAAAAUUACGAAAAGAAAUCAGUGGGUAUUUUGGAUAUUUAUGGGUUCGAAAUUUUCGAACAGAACUCGUUUGAACAGAUUUGCAUCAACUAUGUCAACGAGAAAUUACAGCAGAUCUUCAUCCAGCUUACUUUGAAAGCAGAGCAAGAAGAGUACGUUCAAGAACAAAUUCAAUGGACUCCUAUCGAGUACUUCAAUAAUAAGGUUGUCUGUGAUUUGAUCGAGGCCACUAGACCUCAACCUGGUUUGUUUGCAGCCUUAAAUGAUUCCAUUAAGACAGCCCAUGCCGACUCCGAUGCCGCUGACCAAGUUUUUGCACAAAGAUUGUCCAUGGUUGGUGCUAGUAACAAGCAUUUCGAAGAUAGAAGGGGUAAGUUUAUCAUCAAGCACUACGCCGGUGAUGUCACAUACGAGGUUUCUGGCAUGACCGACAAAAACAAAGACAAUAUGUUGAGAGACCUUCUUGAAGUCUUGUCAACCUCAUCGAACGCGUUUGUCACCGCUGAACUUUUCCCACCACAGCUCCUCGCUGCUGUGACGGAUAGUAAGAAGAGACCCGAGACUGCUUCUGAUAAAAUCAAGAAAAGUGCAAACGUUUUGGUUGAUACAUUAUCUCAGUGCCAGCCUUCGUAUAUCAGAACAAUCAAACCCAACCAAACCAAAAGACCUAAGGAGUACGAGAACCAGCAAGUGUUGCAUCAGAUCAAAUACUUGGGUUUAAAAGAGAACGUGAGAAUCAGAAGAGCUGGAUUCGCUUAUAGAACCACUUUUGAUAAGUUUGUGCAAAGAUUCUAUUUGUUAUCUCCCAAAACGGGUUAUGCUGGUGACUACAUCUGGCAUGGCGACGAUAUCACUGCUGUGAAAGAGAUUCUCAGGUCCUGUCAUAUUCCUCCCACUGAAUACCAAUUGGGAACCACCAAGGUUUUCAUCAAGACUCCGGAGACCUUGUUUGCAUUAGAGGACAUGAGGGACAAAUACUGGCAUAACAUGGCCGCCAGAAUUCAAAGGGCUUGGAGACGGUACAUGAAGAGAAAGGAGGAUGCCGCUAAAGUUAUUCAAACAGCUUGGAGGACAAAGAAGCAUGGUAAUAAGUUCGAGCAGCUUCGUGACAAGGGAACUGAAAUUCUUGGAGGUAGAAAGGAGAGAAGAAGAAUGUCUUUGUUGGGUUCUCGAGCUUACAUGGGCGACUAUCUUGGCUGCAAUCAACCAAGCGGUUACGGAAGAUUUGUCGUAUCUCAAGCCGGCAUUAAUGAGUAUGUCGUCUUCUCCGGGAAGGGAGAGAUUCUUUUGUCUAAAUUUGGCCGGUCAUCUAAGAGACUUCCAAGAAUCUUCAUCCUCACGAACUCGAACUUGUACGUUGUCGCCGAGGUGGUGGUGGAGAAACGUCUUGCAUUGCAAAAGGAGUUUACUUUGCCCAUAAAUGGUAUCAACUAUCUUGGGUUAUCAUCAUUCCUGGACAACUGGUUGGCAGUCUCGAUGCACCAGGCGUCUGCGGCUACUCCAGAUAUUUUCAUAAGCUUGGACUUCAAGACGGAAUUGGUUACUCAUUUGAAGCAGUUGAACAGAGGUAUCACGGUGAAGAUUGGUCCCACGAUCGAAUAUCAAAAGAAGCCUGGUAAGAUGCAUACCGUGAAGAUUAUCGUUGGAGCAUCCUCUGCACAUGGUGAUACGUAUAAGUCUGGUAACGUUACUGUCGGACAAGGUUUGCCGGCUUCAAGCAGAAAUCCAAAGAGGCCUCGUGCUAAAGCAACUUCUGUCGAUUAUCAGAAGUAUUACAACAGAGGUGCCCAAAUGAGGUCAAAUGCGCAGAACUACAAUAACUUGCACAGUACUCAAAAUAAUGGAUCUCAUGCUCUUCUGCAGCUGGCAGCUGCCCACGCAUACCAGCAAUCCCAACCCAGAAGCGUCCCUCCGCCAGCCACUCACACUCAACCUGGAUUGAAACAGCUGAAGAGACCGCCACCAGCGCCACCCGGUAUCGCACAGGCUGGCCAAAAUGCACAGCAACAGUCGCAGGCUAAACCUCCUCCUCCAAGACCUGUCAAGAAAACAGCAGCUCCUCAGCCUCCUGCCAAAUCGACGAGGGCUCCUGAGGUGAAGCGCUCUACACCUCAACCACCGCCGCCACCUCCAGCACCACCAUCCAAACCAGCACGCCAACCAAAGUUUCCAACCUAUCGUGUUUUGUUCGAUUAUGAUGGCUCGGUCGCAGGCUCGGUCGCGUUGGUCAAGGAUAGUGUGGUUUAUGUUGCUAGUGUUAACGGCAAAUGGGGUCUUGUGAAGGAUUUGGAUGAGACGUACGAGGGAUGGUCACCAAUGGAUUACAUGGAAGAGAUUGACCCUCCAGCUGAUUUGUUCUCGAACAACGUCUCUCAGCCUGCCCCUCAAGCCCCAAGUGUUCCUACACCUCAAGCACUGCAAGCCACUGCUUCAGAGCCACAAGCAAAUUCGUCAGAGAGACCAGCAAUGCUCCCAACAACUUCCUCCGGAAAUGGUUUAGGAAAUGGCUUGGCUGAUGCAAUUUUAGCGAAAAAGAGUGGAGAUGUCACUUUGGCAGGAUCUCUCGCUGAUGCUUUGAAGAAACGUAAAGGUGCAACUGGUAACGACAGUGACGACGAAGAAGAUGACGACGAUGAGUGGCCCUCGGUGACGAUAUACCCGCUCGAUGACACAUUGAGCCAAAAAACGUUUCCAGAUUAUUCUCCAUGGGAGGAAGAUCGAGAUCUGACGAAGAAGCUUGAAAAUCUGAAUUACUUGAAUAAGGGUUUUUUUGAAACACCCAGGGUCUCUAAUGAGUACUACUCUGCUCGCAACCUUGUGCAAGAGACGGUCUUCUCCUCAUCUAAGAACUGCAACAGUAUUCUUCGUGAGCUUUCCCAGCAUUUGACUAAGUCCUACAAAACAAGAGAUGAGGUUAUCAAUAAGAUCAGAGCAAGCUCAUUCAGCUUUAAGAUCCCACUGCGUGUGACACUAACAGCACUGAAAAAGGAAGCAUGGCUCAAAGAGUUGGCCAAUCCCGAUCAACCAUUGCAUAAAAUUUCGUCGAGAAUACCGCAUGGCUUGCGAAAUAAAGUUCUCGUUGACGCCAUGUGUAGUCGGCAGGUUCCUAUUUCUCGAGCUAUUUGGUUCACGAAAUGUUCUUUGUUCAGCGAGUUGGUUCUGGUGAAAAAGAAAGCGCUGGUGAGACAACAUUCCCUGACACUGGCAAAUAGCUCAUCGAUCACGAGAUCAAAUGAUGUUUUGGAAAGACGUUGGUUGCAAGAGUGGACGCAACAGGUUGCAGACUAUGUCUUGAAAUUUUCCAAAGAGAUGAAAGCGGUGUCUUCUCAUGAGCUAAAGAUCCGCUUCCAAGAGAGGAUGAAUUAUUUGAUUCUGUAUGUUCUGGCAAUGUACAUCGAGGAGCUUCUCGACAAGACAUUUUUCCUAACGUUGAUCUUGAGGCUAAUAAAAGAAGAUCACUUCACUGGUACACUUGAUAUCCUGACACUAACAGAACUACAAAAAAUCGACUUGAGUGAGACGAGUGAUGCGGAUCAGAAGUAUCUUGACGUUUUGAGCAAGCAAUUGACCGAGUUCGGCCAACUCUUAAUCGCAUUAAUUUUCAUCAGAGUCUUUUGGAAGGAUAUUAUCGCUGAAAGUUUUCUACGCAAGCAUCUCAGUGAAUCAUUGCUUUUAAAUUAUCUCAUUGUGAGCAAGUUGCCAACCCUGAGCGAAAAGCCCACUAUUGCACGAAUUGAGGUACCGCAUGCAAUCAAGUCCGAGUGUUUGAGUCUCAUGUCUGAGAUGAUUAUCGAGUUGUUUCACAAAAGUUCGAGCUCUUUCAUAAUUCCCUCUUCCUGGAUUGUGCUUGGAGAUGUUUUGCAUAAUAUCAUCAACAGCUCCAACUUGUACAAUGAUCCACCUAAAAGAGCUCUUCUCGAAAAAAGUUUGGCACUUUUGAAGUUUAGAAACGAAAGCUUGAUAGUGAAUUGCGGUGGCGACUCUACGUCCCCUUCUGCGAGAGAAGAUGGUUCACCAAACGUUGUUCUACAUGAGCAAGCGCUCUCGCAUGCCUAUAUCCACAGGUCCAACGAUGACGUGCUAAAGCUUAUUGAUCUAUUAGAUCAUCAAAAGCUUAGAGAGGCUUUCACUUUAAUUUUUACCCCCGGAUCUCCAAAUAAAGCAAGAUCAGCUCAACCUCAAAGUAUCAGGUUGAAGGCGAUGAUCUUCUGGUGCGUAUCCACUUAUCGCGAUAUGGGUGUCUCUAAGGAGAAACUCAUCAGUGUCUGUAACGCGCUUAAGAUGCAUGGGACACAAGCUACAGGCAAGUCCUCAGUUAAGCUGAGAAUCAAGUUGGAAAAUGAGAUCUUGGAGAGUAUUUUCUGUUUGGCUGAGCUUCCAUCCUCCGAAUUAUCACAUACCAACUUGUACGUUCUCGUCAAUGAGCUUUAUCAGCUUAAAAUUAUUACUAUAUCUGCAUAUUUGAGAAAGCUCAUAGCUAGUGGAAUUUUUUAUCUAUCCUCGAAGCCGACCGAUGAGAAAAGGCUGGAUGACCUUGACCCUCAAAGUCGAUUCCACCUUCUGCUUCUUCAAAACCUUCCACUCCUCAACAAUCGCCAAUGCGAUCAUAUUUUGAAGAAAUGGGCAAAAGAACAAAUUGACUUCAUCGGCCUAUUUGAGCAAGCCACUCGAACUCUCCGGGAAGGGGUUUUGGAUCAUAUCUUGAACAACACAAUAGGGAAGGCAGAUCUGGGCGUCUUCGAGAGUAUCAGUGAACUUAAUGUUGGCCUCCAAUUCAUGGUCAUGAACUGGUUCACAUCUGAAUUCAAGACGUCUAUAUCGAAGGCGUCCAAGUUGGUUCACAUAACUCCUGAUGUCGUGGCAUUUGUUUACGAACUUUUCAUCAAGUCUAAUAACCUUACAGCAUUUUUCAAAUUGUUCAUCAAGUUCAUCUUGAAGAAUGAGAAUAAGGUUUUGAUAUUUUACAUGGAUUCCCUUUAUUUCAUAAGUCGACUCAUUCUUGACCAUUCAACUUUGCUUGAGUUCAUUGCCGGGAACUCUUCAGAGUCUCCGUCGGCGUCUUUGGACAUAUUCAAGCUCAUUGUGCAAGAUUAUAGAGAUUUGCUAUCUCGUGAAACCGACAUCUUUCAAUUUGGGCCUUUGUGGGAACACAUCCGUCGUCAAUUACAAAGUCCAGGCAUAAGACGGCGCAACUCGCCGAAUGAAUCUAGUGAAGCGAAUUCUCUCGGAAGACGACCUGCCUCUACCUCACCUGAAUUCAAUGAGUCGAAGAGCAGCGAGUCGUCCUACGAAACCGAAUUUAUUAUAGAGGAAGUUCAAUCAUUGGAAUCCUUCGAAAAAAGGUCUCUCACUGCCGAUGAGUACAAAGACAUCACCGAAGACUUAUGCUCAUUUUGCGGGGUUACUUUGGAUUACUUUACGGCCGAGCUGCCGAUUGCACAGAUAAAGCUUUUGCUACGAUCCAUCGAAAAAGACAUGGGGCAAAAGACUGAGAUCCAGAUUUUCAAGUUGAUCUCCAAUAUAAAGGCAAAAGAAACCUCCAAAGAAGACGACCUUGGUGUUGCGUUGAAGGAGUUGAUGGAGGAGAAUCUCGACAUUGAAAGAUUCUCACUUGUUACAAAAUUCAUCCUUGCAUUAGACUUAAUGACUUGCGACACAUUGCUCUCUACCAUUCAGAACAUAUCAGCACCAACAGUUUAUGAAAAGAGAUUGAGAGAUGACUUAUUUGAAGAGGUUGCCCCGGUGAUCUUGUCACGAUCUGUGUCUAUUUUGUUCCAAUCUGUGAGACUCAAAUACAAGGAGAAUCACCUUGAGGCUUCCAUUGAGAUUGUUGUAACUGCCAAUUUACCAUACGACAACACAAGCUUAAAAUUCCGAGGUGAGCUUCUUUGUAUGAUUGUUCAACACCCAGUCAAAACCGUUCAAUCAAUCACGAAACAUUUCAACCAGCUGGAGAUGCUUGAUAUUAUGAGCAAUUUAUUGGGCGUUAGCUCUUCGGGUUUCGAGUCUGCCAAAAUCUCAUCCAUUGUCCCUAUUAUGAGCGAGUUUAACUUACCGAUCGUGCAAGUCAUCAUCUCCAUUUUGGCGCAACAGAACGACGAUGUUGAAGCCAUCUUGAAUCCGUUACUUAGCCGAGAGGACUUCUUCCUCAACGCAUCCUUCUUUGGGGAGCUUUUCAACUUGUGCGACUUGAGGUUCCGUAUAAUGGUGUUCAAGCAGAUGGAGAGUCUCUUUUUAAACAAAAGCUUGUCCAUGAUUACCUCGGCUGAUCUGGCCCCCGAAAGUCUCACGCCCAUUUUCAAAGACUUUUUUAGCAAGAUCAAUGAUUCUUUUGUCGAUAAAAUUGAUUUGUCGGCUUCUGACUAUAAGGAUCUUUUAAGCUAUAUUUCCCAGUUCAUAUCAUGUGUGGAGGGGUUUGAUGGUAGCAAUGAACUAGCGAAGAUGCUACUGGACAAUACUUCAAUCCUAUUGCGAAUCAUCAUCAUUCAAAGUGGAUCUUUGAUUGACCUCAUGAUGCAACUCGACUUGCAGCACUUUGAACUCAUUCAUCAGCUUGUGAGAUUGUUCAAUACAAAAUUCAUGAUGCACAGCAACGAGAGAUUGAAAAUCCUUCUUUACGAUUUAUUGCAUCUUUUCAAGAAUUCUUUAACCCAACAGCUCACACUAAGAGCAGAAGAAGACGAAAGUGUGCCUGUUGAGUCACCUUCAAUUCCUAAAAGCAUAUCUGACCAGGGUGCAAGUGAUGAGCCGUCAUCCAAUGAACGGGUGAAACGGCCUCCCAAAGAAUCGAUUUCUACUAUUCUGACAAUUCUCGAUAUUCCUGAACCCACAAAUCAUUCGAUUCAAACGGAUGAAGGGGCUGUCGCCGAAUGUCUCAUCAUGUUAGACAGAGAUGAGCUUCUGCGGAGGAGCGAUAUCAAAUCCUUCAAUAACAACUCCCUCGUUCUAGCAUCUUCUCGUGAGUCGGGCGCAUUUGAUAGUCCAUUUGGUGAAUUGAGCCGUGACGAGAACACAAGCUGGCCGUUUACAAUACGAAGCGUUCAGCUCAUCGAGGAAACAGGAGGCGGUAUCAACGACGGCUGCAUCAAUCUAGCCCUUUUGAGAGCCUACACAACAAAAGAGAACGUUCCGUGA